UAAGAACAAGACAAGUAAAAAUUAUCUUAACUCAAGGUCCACUUUCUAGUACUUUCAAAACUUUCUGAGUAUUUUUCAAACUAGUGUUAAUGUGGUUCAGAAAGAGCUUUCACGCUAACAUAAAGCAAAGCGUUUGCGGAGAUUUAUCCAGAGCUAAGUGAGAGAUCUAUAGAAAAUGAAACAAUAUAAUUCUUUAUUUACAAUGUAUAAUGUAAACAGACAAAACAUUUAAACUGUUUUGGAAAAGGCCAGAUAUUAUAGUACUGAACCUGCUUGUUUGAACCUGUUAGAAUAAGUAAAUAGAGUCUGCGGGCCUUUGGACGAAAAGGCAGCUCUGAGCAGAGACAAGCAGCAACAUCCAGUUUGAACAUAUUAACAUUUAAAGCUGAAAAACGGAUCAGUUACUGAGUUGGUUGAGUUGAGAUAUGAUUAAUCAUUUGAAUAAUUUACCAUAUAAAAUGCCAAAAAUGAACUGGUUUCAGUCAAUGUGAUAAUCUGUUGCUGUUCUUUGUGUUAUAUGAAUAUCUUAUUAACUGAUCUAUGAUUGUCAUUGUGUUGGUGUUUUUAACUUAAAAUGUUCUUCACUAUUCUCUCUUAUUUUUUACAGACAAAAUAAUCAGGAAAUAAUCUGCAAUUUAACUGAUACUGAAAAUAAAAGUUUAAUAAAAGUUGUACCAUAAUAAGUUAAUUUAUAAGUAUGUUAGCAUUCAACCAUUAAGAGGAGGAGUAAGUGACAGUUACAGUGGAGAGCCAUGCAGCCUGUGCUUCAGUACUUUAUAAUAGCUCUAAGGAGGUUCACUAAUUUAACAGUGGAAAGAUCUAAAGAUGUCAAUACUGCUUACAGAGCACUGGACAAAAACAAUCACAGUUCAUUGCAACACAACCCCGAAAGGAAAUUUAUUUUGAAAUAUUUUGGCCGGAAGUUCCAUUAUUGUGUUUCUGACUGUCUUGACGUUGCUCUCUAAAACCUGCAAAGGAGAGCGGAGUGGCUGCUGAGCAUCAUUCUGGAGAGUGGUGUGGAAAUGUUUAUUCCCUCUGAUCAUCUGUAGGAAGAUUAGCCACACCGCCGCCAUGCCGUAGACAACCCGCCGGGCGUUUAGAUGAAGCCUAACGGGGACUGCAGCAGGGAGGAAGCGGGGUGGCUGUAACCGAGGGAGGGAGGAUGUACUGGGCUGCUGGCUUCGCCUCUUCCCGGCCGUGUGUGGUUGAACUCGGGCGGAAUCACAGCCUGCCCAUCGGGCUGUGCGCCUCCGAGCAGCAGCAGUCUUUAUAUGGCUACAUCAUUGCCUUCCCGUUACAGGACUACGGAGGCAUCAUGUCUGUUCUGGGCUCGGACUCCUGGUGGAAGAAGACCCUGUACAUCACCGGGGGGGCCCUGCUGGCUGCUGCAGCCUACUUACUGCAUGAACUGCUCGCCAUCAGGAAGGAGCAGGAGCUGGACUCUAAAGAUGCCAUCAUCCUCCACCAGUUCUCCAGACCAAAGAACGGUGUGCCCAGCCUCUCACCCUUCUGCCUCAAAAUAGAGACGUACCUACGUAUGGUGGAUCUGCCCUACCAGAACUACUUUGAUGGGAAGCUGUCGCCGCAGGGUAAGAUGCCCUGGAUCGAGUACAACCACGAGCAGGUUUCAGGGUCAGAGUUCAUCGUGGACUUCCUGGAGGAGAAGCUCGGUGUCAACCUCAACAAGAACCUCACCCCGCAGGAGAGAGCCGUGUCCCGAGCCGUCACCAAAAUGGUUGAGGAACACCUCUAUUGGACGAUAGCCUACUGUCAGUGGGUAGACAACUUGGAGGAAACCCAGAAGCUUCUUGCGAUGAGCGGCCCUCUGAGCGACACACUGAAGUGGCUGCUGAGCCACCUGAACGGCAGCAUGGUGCGCAGAGAGAUGUACGGCCACGGCAUCGGACGCUUCUCCAAGGAGGAGGUUUACGCUCUGAUGGAGAAGGACAUGAGGACACUGGCCACACUGCUGGGAGAUAAGAAAUACUUUAUGGGCUCUAAGAUGUCAACAUUAGACGCUACAGUGUUCGGGCAUCUAGCGCAAGCUAUGUGGACUCUGCCUGGGACACGACCAGAACAACUCAUCAAAGGAGAGCUGAUCAACCUGGCCAUGUUCUGUGAGCGGAUGCGGAGGAGGUUCUGGCCCGAGUGGUUUGUGGAGGUGGAGGAUCUUUAUUAUGAUGGAGACAGUGAGAGCAGUGGCGGCGGCUCCCCCACAGGCCUGCUGGACUUUGGCCUCUUCUCCAGGACUGACACUCUGGAUGACAGCGAUGCCAGCAGCCACUCAGCCGGACACACGCACACACACUCCCCCGACUCCGACCACUCGCUCUUUGACUCGGACGUGGGUACAGGGUCUGACAAUGACAUUCAGCUUAAGGAGGAGUUAAUGCCAGACUUGGAGGUUUGACCUGAGAAUGGCUGUGAUUGGCUGACAGACUGAGACUGACAGGAGGCUGGAACAAUAGGUUUUGUUUAAUAAACCUGGCUGAAAGAGCCUGUCCAGACAACAGCUCUCACAGCUGAAGAAACUGUUCCAGCUGCUCCACCUCCAAUACCCAACAUGUUACAAUUUCCUGAUGGACAAACUGGGUAUUUAUAUGCAGAGCAUACAAACUUAACCUCAUAAUGCAUAUGCUACUGUACUGUCUGUCCCCUCCCAUAACGUCAGAACUGCCCCUGUGGCGGUUUCUCUUUGCCUUAUUUGUUUCGUCCUAAGAUGCGGAAGCAGGUGUGAAAGGUUAACGCAACAGAAACAUCCCAUGAAAAGUGCGGCAACGACAGAGGAGCGUUGUAGAAAAGACAGGUGGCACUUCACUUGCUAUGAAAUGAUGCAACUAAUCACCACUCUGCCAUGUGUCUUAACGCACAAACCCAUUCAGACAGGUGGAGAUUGAUCAUGUGGCUAAAAGGAACAGCUGUUGUGCCUCGGCUAUUAACCAUCCAUGUGCUGAGGAGGAAACACAGUUGACUCUGAGUGCCAGUUCGUGCCCCCAGAUUUAUCCUUAUGUAAUUUCCUUUGCGCUACUCAAUGUGGGAAGAAUCAGUAUAAAAAAAUGAUGUGUCUCAAUCAGACCACAACCCUAGAUCCACAUGUAGGCCUACUGAAUACGAGUCAGGAGGAGAAGAUGAGCAGAUUUGUGCCUGUUUAAUUUACUGGCUAUCGACCGUCAUUCUCUCCAUUAAUUAAGUAUUUUUUUUACGUUGUUAUUGGUGAGCUUGGACUUUUUGGUAAUUAAUUUCAGCAUCCUUCAAGCCUGCAGUUGUUCCAUUUGACCACUAGAUGGAGUCAGCAGUCAGCCUGAUAUCUUCUUCAUUCUGUAACAUCAAGGUUAUUUCAUCCUCAGGACCUGCAGCAGAUUCAACACAGCAAAUUAUCUCUCCUUCAGUCCUAAACUUCAAUAUUGUGGUUCCCAUUCAUGGGAAGCCUAUCAGUAUGUGUGUAUGUGCGAGUGCAUGCAUACCUUGCAUGCAUACUGUGGCUGAGCACAGCAACAAAUCAGCCUUAGUGCUCAGACUCAAGGGUGACAAUACUCUUUACUCUUCUAAGUUAUUAUCAGUGCCACUUGAUUAUUAUUUUCUUUAAAUGAAAUUAUGUGUCAAAUAUAUCUAUUUUUUGUUAAUCUUUGUUUUAUUAUUUCUCUCAAAGAGAGAUGUUAUUUUGCACUAGUGGAAAUUUAUUUUCACCUUAUUUCAGAGGGAGCAGUCUGCUGGGGAGGCAGAGAGGAGAAUAGGCCAAAUGAAUGGGAAACAUAAAUGUGUAUAUCAGUGAUGCAGGACGCAGAGUGUUCAAAUCAUGAUUGUGCUGUGAGGGGACUGUGCUGCUUAUGUUGGCUGUGUAUGUGAAUGUUACUCUGUGUGAAUGUCAUCAGUGAAGCAGCUGAUGAGAAACCAUCAUAAUACCAAAUCAAGCUGAACUGAUCAUCCCUACAUGAGUUACAAAAUGGACCAAAAUGUGUCAGGAAGUGUUCACUUUUGUCUGUUGUGUUAAGCUUGGUAGAAGUUCUUGUAAUGGCAAUACAGUACGAUGGCUGUAAAAAGAUUGUGGUGCAUAUAAAGUAGAUGUGACUUGACUUAAAGGAUCACUUCACCCAAAUUACAAAAACUAUUUUCUCAUGAACCUGUAGUGGCAUCAAGCCAUGCAGACAGUUUUAGUUUCAUUUCCCCAGGUUUUGCCUCCAUCCCAAUGCAAUAGAGGUGAAUGGAAUUUCAUUUGUGGUGCUCACAGCAUUGAAUAAUGAUAUUUUAAAAAUUAAAAUUCAGCAUGCAGCAUCUCUUUAGAAUUCCUGUUACUCUGGAUAAUAAACAGAGCACGCUGUCAACAGUUUUCACAUGGAAUAUUUCUUCAGUAGAAAGCCAAUGAAAACUGUUUAGAGUAACGCUGUCAUAAAGAAAUUACAUUUCAGUGAAUGAUAAGUAACAUGUAAAUCAUUCAGCCUCACUUGAGUGGCAAGCUAACACAGGACUUUGGAUUUGUUGGUGUGGUAACAUUACUGUAAGGCAGCAAACAGCUUUGCCUUUACCCAUAUGCUUUCUAUCAAUGGUAUCAAAUCCAAAAUGAUUCCACACAUUACUUCUCAGAUGGUUUGAUGUUACCUUUAUCCAUUUGGCACAGUUCCCAAGUGUACCUUCAGGGCAAUAAAUCAGAGUGACAGUGAAUUUUAUGAGCACACCCUGCUGCUUAUAGUCUUUACUGUGACAUGCAUUUAAUGUUUUAAAAAGCUACUAAUUCAGGUGGAGACAUUUAGUCAAACAUGUUUUUCCUUAUAUGAAGGGAAGAAUUUCAAAUAAAAAGUGCCAGCCUCAGUUCCCAGUGAGGUCUGUAGAUUAUUUAGACUAAUGGGGACAUAGCUUCCAUAACAAGAUGUUUCUGUUGAAUUAUUUAAAACUGCUACAAUCAGAAUUUUUAUAUUAAUAACGGACCAAAUAAUUAUAUGUAAUGUGAAAGGGUUCACUCAUAGCAACAAAUCCACAGAGAGUUAUCACCAAUUCUGCUCAAUUAACCUCAGCUCUGUGAAGCGCUUUAGUAUCUUUGACCUCUUUGUCUUGGUAUUUUGGGCCUGCAACUUUACUGUUUUGGUUUGCUGUCCUCAGCUUUCUUUACAGAUGUAGCAAGCAGCUGUAUUCAUUGAAAAAGCUCUGAUAAAUCCACUCUGUGCUACCUGCUCAGCACCAAAUGGCAGACAGACAAGUUAGUGUCCAGCUAGAGAGCAUAAUGAAGCAUUUAGCAGCUAAAGAGCUGGGUGUUUCCCUCAGGAAUCGGUAGAGAGCAAAACAGAGAUAAAAGGAGGUUGAAUAUAUGAGUUAUAUUCAACAGGUGGACAAAAACACAACUACAGAUGAAUGCUAUUGUUGCUCUGUGUUUAACAAGUUCACUUCAAAGGUGAUAAUAUGCUAGUGGUGUGUUUACAAUUUGUUCUGAUGCCACCAGGUGGCCAUAAGCAGUCCAUGCAGAUUUAAAUGUUGUUUUUCACUGGUGUGAGGACCACUAACAAAUUUUUACUCACUUCAAUUUUAUUGGGAUACAGACAGAAAUCUUAAAAUCACAUUUUACUAAUAUCUCUAAACCUGAACACAUAGAACCUGGACUGUUUUCAUGGCUACGUACCACUUUGAGUAACUGAAAAGAUGUGAUCCUUUUGUAGUAUGGGUGAACAUACCCUUUAAAAUGAAGAGCCUAAGUGGAUGAGUUAGUGAUGGAGGCCAGAGUCUGAUCCAGUGACGAAGGCUCUAGAAACAACUUUCUUCUAUCAUGUCGGGCUGUGGUCUGCGUCCCGACCUGCCCUGACCUGGGUUGUGUACUUUUCAGUUGCCUCACCCAGUCUGGGCAUCAUAUACAGUUGGACUGCUUUAAUCAAGCCAUAUUAAAACUAGAAGUCUUGUUAUUUCAAACAUGUCAUAGCAUUACUGCUGGGGUAAUGUAAAUAUUGUAUGUGUGACAAAGUGUAUCAUACUGUAUGUAGAGCUGACUGACUGAUCAAACUACCUAAGGAUGUGCAGUCAUCAAAACUGGAGCGACUGGAUGAUUUCAAUAAAGAAUAGCUGUGACAAUUUUAAA